UUUUUCUGCAGCGGCGCUAGUGUGCGGAGUGUUGGCGUAAGAAACUGUUUUUGGGUCUCGGUUUUUCUAUUUAUUUUUUUUUUUGCAUAAAUGCAAUUAUUGUCUCGACACAAUUAAAUGUGGCUGGAAAAUUAAUACUCAACAACAUCUCCUCUAAGCGCAGUGCAAUGAAAAUGAAUACAAGACAGUGAGUGAUAGUGAAAUGACGUUGCGAAUAUCCGCAAUAGCACAAAAAGAGUAUUAAAAUUGUGAAAAUCGUAUUAAUAAAACAUUGAAAUUUAAAAAAAUUCAAAAGGAAACCAUGUGCUAAAUAUACAACUACGCUACAAAAAUGGGUUCCCGAAUUAAAAACGAUGUGAAAAAACUCUUUGAGUUUUGGUGCGAAGUCAAACCAAAUCGUGGCCUGGAGCGCGGCACUAACUCGAGGCACGGUGGUCCAACGCCACCUGCUGGAGUGAUACUCGAAAGUUUCCCCGAAGGAUUUCGCGAUAAGGAGGUCCUCACCGGCAUACCAUCAUUUGCAUUUCCCUGCGAUUUCGAAAGCGAUUCUGUACAAUCUUAUUCAUUUGUUCAUACCACCGGCGACUCAAAAUGGCGAUUUGGCUUCUGUCGACACGACCCAAAGACUAACACAGCAAUGGUGCUGAUCACCUAUCUGCCGUGGCAUGAUACUUUCCUCAAGCUGCUGCCUGUUCUGGUGGAGCUGAAGAAAACCGAUCCCGAUGGCUUUCGUACCUUCCUGUCGGAAGCAUAUAAUCGCGGUGUACCCGAUUCGGGAGGUAGUCUAACUGUCUUCUAUAACAGUGGCCAAAAUCAUUUUAUAUUUGAGCGACCGUUGCAGUUCCAGUUGCCCAGUAUACCACAGAAUCACAAUUUAAAUCUCUAUUAUAACUUUGUGGAUCCCAAGGAAAUGAUAGGCGUAUUUGCUGCCAUGCUUGCUGAGCGUCGUAUCAUAUUCACUUCCCGCCAUUUGGAUCGGCUGUCGUCGUGUAUUCAAGCGGCCAAUGCGUUUCUCUAUCCCAUGGUCUGGCAGCAUAUAUUCAUACCAGUGCUUCCGUGGGAGUUUAAGGACUAUUUAGGAGCGCCCAUGCCAUAUUUAAUUGGAGUUCCGAAAGCUGUACUCGAAACUGUAUCCAAUGAUGAGCUCGGCGAAGUUGUGAUCUUGAACUGUGAUACAAAAAUAUUCGAGAGUCCCUUUGAUGAUGUGCACGACUUGCCGGCGGAGAUUGUCUCCCAGCUGAAGAAGAAUCUAAGUCACACACAGGAUCAUAUUGGAGAUCGGGUAUCGAAGAUAUUCCUGGGCGCUCUGGUGCAAUUGAUUGGCGGCUAUCGGGAUGCCGUCGAGUUCCACGACACCAGCAAGAGCUUUAAUCACGACAAGUUUAUCGAGUCUCGCCCGGGUCAUUUGCGGCCAUUUCUUGCCAAAAUGAUGGAACUGCAAAUAUUUGCACAAUUCAUUGACGAUCGCCUCAAAAUGCUUAACAGUGGCCUUGGAUUCUCUGAUGAGUUUGAGCUAGAAACGGUUCGCUAUGCAGAAAAAAUGAAAAAACGGGGCCGCAAUUAUGUUUUUCUCAAGAAUGUCAAGGACAAGACUAAUCCGGCUGUUAAAUCUGCCGUUAAAUCGGUCAAGGAGAGUUCGCGGGGCAUGAAGACUGCCUAUAAGGGUUUCAAGUCUAAAUUGAGAGAAAAUAGCAAUCAAUUCGGUGGUGCGAACUUCCACUUUGGACUUGGCUCGCCACAGCAUUCGGAUCGACCGGACGGUAGCAGCAGCGGCAUUGUCUACGGAAAAGCCUCGCAUCAUUCGGCCCCAAGCUCUCCGGUGACUAGUAAGCGAUUGGACGGCAUCAGUAUAAGCAGCAAUGGUCCAGGAAGUAGUACAUCGUCUUCCACGUACCAACAGCAGACGGCAACGCGACGUGGUCCCAUUCCUUUGGCAAUGUCUAGCUCGAGUUCGCACAUUCAGCCAAAUGGCUAUGCGUACGGCUCGCCGGCUCCUGCUCAUUAUGGUCAUCAUUUGGCUGCGUCUUCUGCUGUUAGCUCGGCAAGUUCGUUAUGCUCGUCAUCGGAAAUGAAUCUGUCACAAGAGCUCCAGAACCAUCCGCUCUUCAAGACGCCGGCAGUGGAUCGUAGCCUGAAGCCAAAUGUAGAGCAUAAUGUUCGCCAGCAGCAGCCAAAAGGAGGAGCCCCACCAGCUCGUCCACCUCCGCCACAGCAACAGCAGACACUGCCCACAUCCUACUACAACCAUCCACAUGUGGAGACCAAACCACCACCAACGCCGUCUCAUCAUCUGCGCCAGACACUGUCCACUGCUAACACAACUGAGUCAAGCUUUGAUUCACCGCCCGAUAUGCAAUCGCCGCCGAUUCCACCGCGUCGUAGCCAAUGCAGCUCCAAUGCAGUGGCCACCACAGCAGCUGCUGUCAGCGCUGGGAUUAGCCGUCUCGAACGCAAUUGCUGGCACGAUGAUCUAGAGUCCAACCGAAGCGGGUCUAUGCGUAUUUCAAAUGCGUCAUCCUCUUCAUCAUCAUCGUCGUCCUCUUGCUCCUCAGGCGCCUCAUUUGUGACGGCGGCUUCGAGAUUCUCGCAGUUGAAUGUCUCCGAUCCGCCCCCGAUACCCACACCGCGAGCUAAGAGAGAGCAGCCGCAGCAGCAGCUACAGGAUGAUAGCGUUAAUGAUCUGAUAUCGCUGGACGAUAGUAACAACACCAGUUUCGACUUGGAAGAUUUCGAUCCGCUCAAUCAGAAUGCCCGCCCCCUACCACAGAUUGGCAAUACGAUCUUUGGUCGAAAGUCCAGUACUCUUCCCGUAGGAAUAACACCUCCAACUGCGGUUGGCAGCAGCGUUAACAACCCGCUUUAUCCUUAUUUUGCUCCCAAACACAUGGCAACAGUAGCGGCUGUCACGAGCCGAUUGCCAGUUCCACCACCGGCACAUAUCCACAUUCCCACACAGCGCAAUACAAUGCCCGUCAAGACGGAUGAUGACUUUGAGUUGUUACGUAAAUACGGACUAGAUCAAUUCCCGCUUAACGGCUCGGAGCAGCAAUUGACAACAGCUGGAAAUGGAACGAUAUCGUCCGGCAAGGGCAUGACCAACUGGACGACAUUCGAUUAAAGGUCGUGCUGCGUGGACGAGGAUAUUGGAAACUCAAUACCAAAAUAAGUGUGUGAUUAGACGGUUAGCAACGAUUUCAGUGUUGUAAAUAGUUAGGAACGGCUAAGAAAUUAACGAUGUCACCAGUAGGACAUCCAAUUAACCCUUAAAUGUUAUCGUAUAGUAGUGCUUCCAUGCAAAAAUCAAUAUUUUCUUUGACUCUUCAAAAUCCCCAAAUGCUAACUAGAGAACCUAAAAGACAUAUAAGCGAGAAUUCGAAUUAGCCUAACGAAAAACAAAUCAAACACCAUUAAUAAACAAAUAGCAAAAUCA